UUCAGGUCCCACUGUAGGGCAAGAUUGGACACGGAAACCAAGAGGAGAGAUGGCUGAAAGAUAAAGCGAAUAUCCCAUUCUAAUUACACACAAAAUAUACAGUACCCAUACUCCAGAUUGAUAAGACAUAUGUCCAGGGGGCAUUGUUAUAUAAUUUUGAGAAAAGUGACAUCAAAACAGAACAGUUCCAUAUCUCAUAAUAAGCUGUUAAUUGCAGGCAAUAAUGGCAAAUAUUACAAUCCCACCAACAACGGACACCCCAACUUACGAUUACACAUUUAAUUUUUAUUUCAAUUUUUUGUUUGGUCUCACAAGUCGUACUUUUGGGGUCGCUGGUAACAUUUUAAACAUCAUUGUACUAACCAGACCAAAAAUGAAAAAUCCCAAUACUCUGAUCCUAACUUGGAUGGCAGUGGCGGAUCUGUGUAAUCUUCUUAUUGGCCUGCCCAAGUUUGUGUGGCAAGCAAACGAAUCAUCAUUUGCUCCUUCAAAGAAAACUGAUCUUGGUUUCAACAUCUAUUUCAAAUUCAUUAUUUUGACGUUUGCGUAUGUUUUUAUCAUGGCAAUGAAUUGGUUGACUGUUUUGCUGACUGCCUUUCGGUAUAUCGCAGUUUGUUGGCCAACAAAGGUUA